UGAGCCAGCAGGCUUGGGCUGGAUCACAGCAGUUGUGAAACAUCCUGAUUGUUUGCUUUCAUGGUAAAUGAAACUCAGAGAAACCAGCAGGGGAACAGAAGUGAAUGUGAACACUGUUUUUUUAAGAAGAAGUGACAUUAGUGUUUUGGAGCUCAAAGGGAAGGCCAGCAUUUGAAGAAAGGAGGGUUUUACAGCCAGACAAGAAAAGGUGGUUGGAAAUGUUCUCGUAUAGAGGAGUCUGUGUUUUGUGGCUUCUGCUACUUCUCCAUGUUUACGGAAAUGCAAUGAAGUUUAACCUCUUCAGGAAACCCCCCUCCCCCGGAGUGCAGGAGGGUGAUGUGAGACUUUCUGGUUCUAAGAGUAACUCUGCGGGCCGAGUGGAGAUUUACCACAACGGACAAUGGGGGACAGUGUGUGACGACAACUGGGACAUAAAUGAGGCCAGGGUGGUGUGUCGUCAGCUCAACUUCCCUAGAGCAAAAGCUGUUGUCACUGGGGAAGUCUAUGGAAAAGAAUCUGGACCAAUAUGGAUGGAUGAUAUGUCAUGUAAUGGAACAGAGCACUAUCUGCACAUGUGUUCAUUCAGUGGCUGGGGAGUCACAGACUGCUCCCACAAGGAGGAUGUUGGAGUUAUUUGUGAAACUUCACAAAGCAUUGACAUUACUUCCAGUGACUCCACAUACCUGCUUGACAACAGUAUCACUCUGUCUGAGGAGCUCGGACAGCUGUUUGACAGUGGGAAGGACUGCAACUUCCUGAUCUUAGUCCAGAGUGCAACUGGAAACAAGCAGCCGGAUGGGACCAUGCAGACAGUUGAUACAACAAUCUGUGCACACAAGAUUAUCCUCUCGCGCUUCCCAUUCUUCACAGCCCCAGAGGGUACUAAUAACAUGACAGUCCAAGUCAUCCCAACCUGCCUUCCACAUUUCUCCUCCUUUGUCAGGUAUCUUUACACCCGAAAGAUUGAGGUUUCCUUCUCCUCUGUGCAAUGUCUCCACUGGAUGGCUUCUAACUUUGGGGUGGAGCAGCUGAAAAAAGAUGCAGGUCAGAUGUUUGCUAAAGUCCUUCCGGAGGAUGCCUCCUUUGCCACCCAGGUCUCUCUUUAUGAAUAUGCAGUGGAGACUGAAGAUCUUGUCCUCCAGGAGAACUGUGUCCAGUACCUAGCCUGGAACUACCAAAAUCUAACCAGAUCUUCAGCUUGGAUUCGCGUCUCAGUGGAACUCCUUGAAGCUCUUCUGGUUCGUUCAGACCUGGUAGUGCCAGAUGAGUCAUAUUUGCUUCAGACUGUGGAGACAUGGAUCAUAGAGAAGCGCAAUGGGACAAGCUUAGAAUCCCAGGCUCACCUGUUGGGUUUCAUUCGUUUUCCUAUGAUUCCUGUCGAGAAACUGUCUGAGUUAGAGUCCAGCUCUUUGCUCUACAGAACUCAUCAGAAUCUGUAUCGCGAUAACAUGUUGAAAGCAUUUCAGUUUAAUGUCAUGCUUUUCGGUAAUCUUCAGAACAGCUCUAAUUUUGACAAAGACGAUGAAGAUUACCAGCCCAGGAUCUAUACCGCUGCGCCAUGGGGUGUUACUAUUGGGCCUUUGGAGAAAACGUCCUCAAACCGAGUCAAUUACAACCAUCGCUAUUCAUAUCAGAAUCAAUACAAUCAAAUUACAAGCAAGUCUCUCAGAACACCACUCCACAACAGCAUGAUCUUUCAGGACAAGAAGAUUAGCUGGCAGGCGAAUGUCUUCAUGAAUCAGUACGAAUGUUCAAACAUGGGUCUGAGGUGUGAGUCUGUCCCUGUGGCGAGGCUUUCUCUUCAAGAUUACUACAACCAACCAAGCAUUGUCUUUAGGAACCGUCUUCUACUGAUUUGCCAAGACAAGUACAUCUGCCAAAUUCAGGACUUCAAGGCAAACCUGGCAUAUAUUGCUGUGAACAGUACCCAGGUUCUGCCCUAUCCAUGCGCCAAUGACAAGUUCACUUACUACUUUGUGGUGAGACCAGAGUAUGUCUGAUCCAGGAGCAUGACCAGGCUACGUUCUUAUUCUUUUGCAUUCAGUGAUUAUAAUUAAUUUGAUGAUAACAAGUAUGAUUAUAAGUCAUCAGAAUUAAUUUGAGUAUAUUUGAUGUGAAUUACAGUCAUUAAUCUUUGUCAUUUACCCACUGAUGUAUAACCUAAUCUGCUGUAAUUCUCUGUGAUGUAUCUCUUAGUAUCCAUUAACAUCUGUCCAUUACUCACCAAUGUGUAAACUGAAAUGAUUCAGCUCUAUUUGCGGCAUUUUUGUGAACAAAGUGAAAAUAUAACCCUA